UUCCGCCAGCCGUUCCCGGCGCACCCUGCUCUUCCUGGAUACUGAGGCGCCGCGGGGGCCGCGCAGUGCGAUGCGCGAGGUUUGGGGUCCCGGGUACGUGUGACGCCCGGCCCGGCCCCGCGGCCCCGCGCCGGCCGCAUGCCACCCCUGCCCAUCUGGGGCCUCUCACCUGUAGAGCCCAUUCGUUGUACCCGGGGGAGCUGGCCCUGACUCUGAAGACGGUGGGGUCUGGCUCUCGCGGCGCACGGAGGCGCCCUGCCGGCUGCGCGGGAACAUGGAGGAGUUCCUGCGCUCCUACAGCCGGCUGUGCAGGGAGCGGGGCGGCGAGCCCCAGGAGACCGUGCUGCAGCGACUGCACGAGCUGCCGCGGGGCCGGCUGGACUUGGCCACGCAGAGCCUGACCCUGGACACCUGCAGGGCGCUGGGCGCGCUGCUGCCCAAGGAGGCCCAGCUGACGGAGUUGGUCCUGAGCGACUGCAUGCUGAGCGAGGAAGGGGCCACCCUGCUGCUCCAGGGGCUGUGUGCCAACACCAUCCUCCGGCUCCUGGAUCUGAAGGGCAACAACCUUCAGGCCAGAGGGGCUGAGGCUCUGGGAAAACUCCUCCGACAGAACAAGUCCAUUCAGAGCCUCACCCUGGAGUGGAACAACUUGGGUGCCUGGGAAGAGGCCUUCGCCACCUUCUGCCGGGCGCUGGCGGGCAACCUCACCCUGCGGCAGCUGGACCUCCGCAACAACCAGAUCAGCCACCAGGGCGCGGAGGAGCUGGCCCUGGCCCUGAAGGGCAACACCAGCCUCCAGCAGCUGGACCUGCGCUGGAACAACAUCGGCCUCCUGGGCGGCCGGGCCCUGGCGAGCUGUCUCUCCAGCAACAGAAGCCUGUGGAGGCUGGAGCUGGCCGGGAACAACGUCCCCAGCGACGUCCUCAGAGCCGUGGAGCAAGCCAUGGAGCACAACCAGGACCGGGAGGCCACCGUCCGGGAGAACCGGGCCCGCACCCGCGUGCUCAGCAAGGAGGUGCGGCACCUGCGGGAAGAGAAGUCCAAGCAGUUUCUGGACUUAAUGGAGACCAUCGAUAAGCAGCGGGAGGAGAUGGCCCGGAGCAGCAGGGCAUCGGCAGCGCGCGUGGGACAGCUUCAGGAGGCCCUGGACGAACGGCACUCCAUCAUCAACGCCCUCAAGGCCAAGCUGCAGAUGGCCGAGGCCGCCCUGGCUCUGUCGGAGCAGAAGGCCCAGGACCUGGGGGAGCUCCUGGCCACGGCGGAGCAGGAGCAGCAGAGCCUGGCACAGAAGCAGGCCAAGGAGCACAGGCUGGAGCAGCAGGAAGCUGCAGAGCGGGAGUCCAAACUGCUCAGAGACCUGUCUGCUGCCAACGAGAAGAACCUGCUUCUGCGAAGCCAGGUGGACGAGCUGGAGCGGAAGGCGAAGUCGCAGCAGGAGCAGCUGUUCCUGACCAAGCAGGAGCUGACCAACACGGCGGCCGAGCUGAAGAUGCGGGCCGUGCAGGCCGAGGAGCGCCUGGACCUGGAGAGGAGGAGGUCUCGGCAGAGCCUGGAGGACGCGGAGCAGCUGCGCGUCAAGGAGGUGGAGCACAUGGCUCGCCGCCUGGAGGAGAGCGAGCGGGCCCUGCAGGAGCGGGCGCAGAGGCUGGAGGCCGCGCGGCUGUCCCUGGAGGAGGAGCUGAGCCGAGCGAAGGCGGCGGCCCUCAGUGAGCGCGGCCGGGCCGAGGAGGAGCUCAUGAAGGCCAAGAACCAAGUCCGCCUGGAGGAGCAGCAGCGCCUGGCGCUCCUGGAGGAGAAGCUGCGGCUGCUGGCGCAGGCACGGGACGAGGCGCAGGCCACCUGCCUGCAGCAGAAGCAGAUGGUGGCGGAGGCCCAGGCGCGGGGCAGCCAGCUAGGCCUGCAGGUGGAGGCGCUGAGGCGGCGCCUGGAGGAGCUGCAGCAGGAGCUGAGCAACAAGGACCAGGAAAAGGUGGCGGAGGUGACCCGGGUGCGGGUGGAGCUCCAGGAGCAGAACGGCCGCCUGCAGGCGGAGCUGGCCGCCCAGGAAGCGCUGAAGGAGAAGGUGGCAGCCCUGGAGCGCCAGCUGAGAGUGACGGCGAGUGGCCACCGCGAGGCGCUGCUGGACCGGGAGAGCGAGAACGCCUGCCUCCGAGAGAAGCUGCGGCUGCGGGAGGCGGAGAUCGCGCGCAUCCGGGAGGAGGAGGCCCAGAGGGCCAGCUUCUUGCAAAGCGCGGUCCUGGCCUACGUACAGGGGUCCCCGGUGAGGGCCCUGAGCCCCCAGAAGUGAGGGGAGGCAGAGAGACCCCAGGAGCCGCAGGAAGGUGGCAUCUGGCCGUGCCGGGUGAGGGGUGCAGCCGGUGCUGAGAAAUCGGUGCUAAGACCGUCUGCGCUCCGCUCACCCCCGCGGGGGGCUGCCUAGGCGCCCCUUCCCUGCCCCGCCGACCCACCCCAGACACGUGCGGGUGAUGGGAGGAAAUUUGGGGGGCAGAGCCCUCCCAGCCUCCCUCCUGGCGCCCCGCGUCACCUCUACCGUGUAACGGCGAAGGCAGCGGCUGCUGACUCAGGGGUGUUCUGCUGACUCAGGGGUGUUCUGAAAUAAAGAACUUUUUCACUUUGUGGUA